AGCAAUAUAUGGGUUUAAGUUUGAGGCUGCUGCUUCUUCUUCUACUUCUGCUUGUGUGUCUGUCUCAACAGCAGCAGCAGGAGGAAGGGUGCAAUAUAUUUGAAGGGAGUUGGGUUUUCGACGCGUCGUAUCCUCUGUACGAUGCGUCGCAGUGCCCUUUCAUCGCCACCGGCCUCAACUGCCAGAAGCAAGGCAGGCCAGAUUCAAUCUACCUUCAAUACAGAUGGAACCCAAACCACUGUCUUCUUCCCAGGUUUGAGGGGAAGGAAUUAAUGGAAAGGUACAGGAGCAAAAAGGUAAUGUUUGUGGGAGACUCACUGAGUGCAAACCAGUGGGAAUCUAUGGCGUGCAUGCUUCACGCCUCUGUCCCCAACGCCACUUACACACUCACUUCACCAACCACACUUUUCUUCCCGGAAUACGAUUUCACGCUUAAGUUGUUGAAAAACGGAUUCUUGGUGAGGAUGGUUAACCACACCAUGAUACUCGACACCCUCACCGGCACGUCCCUCUGGCUAGGCUACGACGUCUUGAUCUUCAACACCUACCACUGGUGGCUCCACUCCGGCCGCCUUAAAACAUGGGACCGUUACCAGAUCGGGAACAACACAUUCGCAGACAUGGAUCUCAUGCAAGCAUACACCACUGCUCUAACCACCUGGGUCACCUGGGUCGACUCCAACAUCGACCCAGCCAGCACCCGUGUUUUCUUCCAAGGGAUUUCUACAGUUCAUUACCAUGGUGCAGACUGGAACGAACCUAGUGUGCAGGACUGCAGGGGACAGACCAAGCCCGUAGAAGGGUCCACUUACCCAGGAAGCCAACCUCAGGGGGACGCGGUGAUCAGGACUGUACUGAGCAACAUGCACAAACCUGCAACUCUGCUCGACAUACUUUUACUGACUCAGCUGAGGAAGGAUGGCCAUCCAUCCACGUAUGCUGGGGGCGGGAUCGACUGCAGCCAUUGGUGCCUUGCUGGCGUUCCUGAUACCUGGAAUCAACUCUUAUACACUAUUCUUUUACAGAGUUAAAUCACUUCUUUUCCUUCCUGGGAAUUUGAGAUUCCUCAGUUUGUUUAGUAAAGCAACAGUUCAUGUGUACUAAAGAGAUUAUCAAAAUAAAAGAGAUACAACUACAAAAAUUA